AUGGACGAAAAGCCUGCCAUUCACCGGCUCUCCCACGCCAGUGAUUCUCCAGAUGGCACAUCUAUCCAUGCCGCACGCAAAGCCUCGAUCACAUCAUUCGGCCAUGGGGGAACAAAAGCAGAGGAGCGGGCGCGCAUCGACGCGCUGGCUACAAGUCCAGGCGUGACUAUGGCAUCUUUUGCGCAUCUCGACGAGAAGAAGAUUUUACGGAAGAUGGACUUGCGCCUCAUCCCCAUGUUAGCGCUGUUGUAUCUUCUCUCCUUUUUGGAUCGAGGAAACAUCGGUAACGCGAAGAUUGAAGGGUUAACGGAAGAUCUCAAUAUGACGGGUGCGCAGUACAACUGGUGUCUAACAGUCUUCUUCUUCACAUACGCCUUCUUCGAAGUGCCCUCCAACCUCCUACUGAAAACGCUUCGGCCAUCGAUCUGGCUCCCAACCAUCAUGGUAGCAUGGGGCAUCGUCAUGACGCUCAUGGGCAUAGUGCAGAGCUAUGAGGGACUGUUGAUUGCAAGAAUCUUCUUGGGUGUUACGGAAGCCGGUCUCUUCCCAGGAGUAGCAUACUACAUCACAAUGUGGUACGCCCGCCACGAAGCGCAGUUCCGCCAAGCCCUCUUCUUCUCCGCUGCCUCUGUCGCAGGCGCUUUCUCUGGUCUUCUCGCCUUCGGCAUCGCACACAUGGAUGGUGUAGGGAAUCUCGCGGGUUGGCGCUGGAUCUUCAUCCUAGAGGGAAUCUUGACCGUCAUCGUGGCAAUCAUUGCAUACUUCACGCUCUACGACUUCCCGGAAACCGCUACUUUCCUCACGGAGGAAGAGCGUGCUUUUGUUGUAUACCGUUUGAAGUAUCAGAACUACAAGGAAGAAGCGGAUGGUGGUGUUAGGGUCGCGCAAGAUGAUAGCUUCCAGUGGAAGUUUGUCAAAGCGGCGUUCCUCGAUUGGCAGAUUUGGACGAAUGUUUUGGUUUAUUGGGGUAUCGUAUGUCCGCUAUACGGCAUAUCCCUCUUCCUCCCAUCCAUCAUCCGCGCACUCGGAUAUUCCUCUUCCACAGCCCAACUCCUCACCGUACCCAUCUAUAUCACCGCUUCCGUAUUGGCUGUUGUUGUCGCGUGGUUCAGCGAUAGAGUUGGAAAGCGGUAUCCGUUCAUCUUGGUGUGUCUGUGCAUCAUGGCUGUCGGCUUCAUCAUGUGUAUCGCGGGUGGCAGCGUGCCAGGGCUCGUAUACGCGGGUGUCUUCAUCGCGGCGUGUGCGCUGUAUCCAGCGUUCCCUGGAAAUAUCACAUGGCUCAGCAAUAAUCUAGCUGGAAGUACGAAGAGAGCUACCGGGCAAGCUAUCCAGAUCGCCGUGGGUAAUUUGGCGGGUGCCAUGGCCUCCAACUUCUAUCGCGCAGAAGACGCGCCGCGUUAUCUUCUCGGUCAUGCUCUCGAACUCGGUUUCAUCGUGGCGGGUCUCAUAGCGUUGCUGUUCUUGGUGUUCAACUACAAGCGCAUCAACGCGAAGAGGGAGCGACAGGUAGCUGAGGGCGCGCAUAACGGGUAUACUCCCGAGGAGCUGGGCGCGCUUGGGGAUCGGGCGAUUACGUUCAAGUAUUUCCUGUAG